GAACUAUGAGGAUCUGAAUGAACGUCCAAACUCUCGCCUGAGGAAUUCUCUAUUCCUCGAGCGACGUCACUCGCGCGCAGGCGAUCGUCGCGCCAUUCGCGACGAUGUCCGACGUCCCGUCGCUCCCACGACGACGACGACGACGGUCGGGCAAUUGCGUCAACGUCGACGGCCGAGGUGGAGCGUGCGGCGCGUCGUAAACGCAUCGGCGGAGAGUGCGUGUCUCCUCUCCGCGGCGUGUCCCGUGUUUUCUUCGGACGUGCCUUUCCCGACGUGCGUUUCCCAUCUGCUCCGCGCCGCUCACCCUCCGCGACUCCGCCCUCCGCAUCGCGUUGCCUCUGGGGGUGGCUGCUAAUUCGUCGACGCCACGAUUGAGGACGGUCGGUCCCGCGGACGCGAUGACGGACGGGAUGUAGAACCCUGCGGGGGCUGCUGCGUGACAACGUCGUGACAUUUUGGAGCAGACGACAGCGGAGCGACGUAUCGAUCCCCGAUCGCGGGCGAUGCGUCCUCGUGUUGUUGGUAAACCGCGGACUUCAGUAACACGUCGGUAAAGAUCGCCCGUCGGACGAGAGAGAGAGAGAGAGAGAAAGAGAUGGAGAUCCUCGGCGAUUACGAGUACAAUCCUAAGGACCUGAUCGGCACUGGCGCCUUCGCCGUGGUCUUCAGAGGCAGACAUCGCAAAAAACCAAAUCUGGUAGUAGCUAUCAAGAGUAUCACAAAGAAGACUUUGGCCAAGUCGCAAGAUUUACUGAAAAAGGAGAUCAAAAUCUUAAAGGCAUUAACUAAACUACAUCAUGAGAAUGUUGUUGCAUUGUACGAUUGUAAGAUCUUCUCGUUUCAGGAAUCUAAUCAUAAUGUCUUCCUGGUUAUGGAAUAUUGCAACGGUGGAGAUUUGGGAGAUUAUUUAAAUGCGAAAGGUACUCUUUCCGAGGACACCAUCAGGCUGUUCCUCAAGCAAUUGGUUCGCGCGAUGAAGGUACUGCACGCUAAAGGGAUAGUCCACAGAGAUCUGAAGCCACAGAAUAUCCUAUUGAAUCACAACUGUGGCAAAGCCUGUCCACAGCCACAUGAAAUAACAUUGAAAAUAGCGGAUUUUGGUUUCGCUAGGUUCUUGCAGGAAGGCGUGAUGGCUGCGACUUUGUGUGGAUCGCCGAUGUACAUGGCGCCCGAAGUUAUUAUGUCUCUUCAGUACGACGCUAAGGCGGAUUUGUGGUCGGUUGGAACUAUAUUGUACCAAUGUCUCACCGGAAAGGCACCACAUCCCGCAAACAAUCCUCAUGCACUCAAGUCGAUCUACGAGAACACUGUGAAUCUUGUUCCUAGUAUACCGCCUGGAACAUCACCAGAAUUAACGAAUCUCUUGAUGGGCCUGCUGAGGCGCGAAGCGACCGAUCGUAUGGAUUUCGACCAAUUCUUCGGUCACCCGUUCCUCAUGGGUGUCCGAGAAAGUCCGAGUCCAAGUCCCGUGCCUACCGAACUGCCAGCGUCACCGGGGACAAUGGCAAUUCCGAUCGAGGAAGGAACUCCGAUUGUCAACAGAAUGGAACCCGAGACGACGGAAACUCCUUGCUCUAGUCCCGAGGAUGACUUCGUCCUUGUGCCGAGCGACAUCAGUAGUGAUACUGACAAUAAUCCAUCAGUCAAAUAUACCAAACAAGUGAGUAGGGAAGCUGUCAGUCCGCCUCGGCCGUGCUUAUCGAAAUUGGGCGAAUAUACCAGACAGACGAGCAGGGAAGCCAUCAGUCCGCCCAGACCAUGCUACCUACCGAUUUCUGAGCCGAUUCCCGUUCCAUGUCAACGGAACGUAGCGACUCAGCAACAGCCGCAAUCUCCCUCGACGAAUGCUGCCCGUUCCGGCAGCAGCGUCGUGCCCCGCUCACAACCGAUUAGUAUGAAACGCAGCGUUGACUCCAGAAAUCAUCCACCAAGCAUCGGCUCCCUCAGUCCGCCCAGCGUGCAGUUUGUCAUCGGCACUCCGCCCGGUAGAAGGUCCAGGCUUUUGGAAACAAAAAAGCAUGAAAUAAAGCUAAGAUGUAAAGCUAAUUUAUCAACAAUUAGGUUAAGCGAGACUCCACCGCCGCCCAACACAUGGCAGGUCAGCCCUGUGGCGAGGCAUUCGCACACGCCAAGUGGAACCUCACCGUUGCGGCGUUCCACGGGCAAUAACAGCGCAUCGUCGCCGCUGCUCACAGGUCCGCUAGCGGUGCUCGGCUCGCCCACCUCGCGAGCUUUUCAAGACAACAACAAUACUCUUAGGCAUUCGCCUGUCAUACCAUUCGGCACUAGGGCCGUCACUCUUCCGGAAAUAUCUGAAGCCGGCAGUUUCCAAAGUCUCUUUCCGGAUAUACCGCCGACGACAAUCGACGAUCGUCCAUUAACGUUCAUCGCGCCAGAGCUACCGGAGGAGACGCUGAUGGAGCGCGAGCACAACGAGAUCCUGGCCAAGUUGAAUUUCGUCGUGGCAUUGUGCGAAUGCGUAUGCGAGGUCGCCAGAUCCAGGGCUGGCCCGCUCGGCAAUAUCGAGCAACCGGCGCCUCUCGGCAGCAUCGAACAGGCUGGCAAUGCGGCGACCAGGAAGCGUGCCGAGCAGGUCAUCCUUCUGGUACGAGCCCUUCAGUGGCUCAGCUCCGGUCUGAAUCUGGCCACUCAGGAACUCAAAGCUGGACGGCUACAACCAACAACUACUGUGAAAGAUGUUGUCAGUACUAUGAACGAGAAAUUCAAGGUAUGUUUGACGGAAUGCAAGCAGCUAAACAGCGUGGGACUUCUUCGUCAAACAGGGGCCACGGCGGACAAGAUACUGUACAAUCACGCGAUUCAUAUGUGUCAAUCAGCGGCAUUGGACGAGCUGUUCGGAAAAGGCGGCGAAUGUUUCCAGCGAUAUCACACGGCACAGAUAUUACUGCAUUCAUUAGCGCAGCACGUCAGUCACAGCCAGGACCGAGCUCUACUUAUCAAAUACAAAGAGGCGGUAGAAAAGCGACUGUACGUGCUACAACAGCAAGGCUACAUCUACGCAACCGAACCCACGUAGCGCUUGUGAAACAUGGCAGCUGAAUGCGGUGGCGACAGCCGCCUAGAAGAAAUCCCGCCCGAGCAGCCGCCCUUACCAUCGUACUCGAUAUCGCUCUUGUGUAAUAUAUUCUGCCCUAUUCUGUACAAAAGGCGAGAUUGACGCAGAGAUCGCAGCUCGAAGAACGAAGGCGGGAGCUUUCCAAAUUCGCGCGGCUGACACAAUUAACUUUACCGAGGCUAAUUAAUUCGCAAGAAGGCUCCGUAGUUUCCACGCGGAAUAGGAUAGACAGCGAAGAAAACGAAAGUCUCCUGUCCACAUCAUCUGUCCCCCCCCUCCCCCUCAACCAUCCUCCUCCCAGGUUACUUUAUAUGAUUUAUUAAAGCUUAGUACAUUUAAGAUAUUACACUGUAUAAUGUACGUACACGUGGUCGGUUAGCUAAUCUUUAUUUCGUAUAUCGAUCAAUAAACAUGUGUAUACUAACGGCGUUGUGCGUUCAAUGCAAAGGCACGUCUCGUCGAACCCGACGACUGAAGUGGUCCAUAACGACGAUUGUACGAAAGUAAAAGGGUGAAUGAUGGGCAUUCGAUUAUCUCUUUGACUUAAAAAAAAAAAAAA